GUCAGAUAUCUCCGGAGGGUUUGAUGUUUUAUCUGAUGGGCUCUGAGACUUCAGUGGUCAAACUGGACAAACUGGCCCAGAGUCAUGACAUGACCCAACCAAUCCCACAUUACUUCGUCAAAUCCUCCCACAACACCUAUCUCACAGCGGGGCAGCUGACGGGCGUCUCGUCUCCGGAGAUGUACCGCCAGUGUCUCCUCGCCGGGUGCCGCUGUCUGGAGCUUGACUGCUGGAAGGGCAAGCCGCCGGACGAAGAGCCCAUCAUCACCCACGGCUUCACCAUGACAACCGAGAUCCUCUUCAAGGACGUGAUCGAAGCCAUCGCCGAGAGCGCCUUCAAAACCUCCAAGUAUCCUGUCGUCCUUUCGUUCGAGAACCACGUUGACUCAGUGAAGCAGCAGGAGAAGAUGGCCGAGUACUGCAGGACCAUCUUUGGAGACGCUCUGCUCGUGGAUGUGCUGGAGAAAUACCCC